AGAAGAAAAGAGAAAAAGGUGGAGAGAGUCUUGUAUUGAAGGCCACACAAACGAAGCUUCGGGCCUUCCUCUGCAAAUAAAAAGCAGAAAGCGAAAGGAAAGGAAAGGAAAGGAAAGGAAAAUCAAAUACUACAACUCGAAAAACAGGAUUUCAUUUCGUCAAAUCCAAUCUAGGAAGGUGAUCGGAAUCGGAUUGUGGAGAUGUCGUGUUCGUCGUCGUCGGGGUCGGAAGAAGACGAUGAGGGAAUUGACUCCUACAGGAAAGGUGGCUAUCACGCUGUGAGAAUCGGCGAUCCGUUCAACGCUGGCCGGUAUAUCGCUCAGAGGAAGCUCGGAUGGGGUCAGUUCUCCACCGUCUGGCUCGCCUACGAUACUCAAACCUCCAAAUAUGUUGCUCUUAAGAUACAGAAAAGUGCACAGCAAUUUGCUCAAGCUGCUCUUCAUGAGAUUGAAAUCCUUUCAGCUAUUGCUAAUGGUGAUCCCUCAAAUUCCAAGUGUCUGGUGCGACUGGUCGACCAUUUUAAGCAUAUUGGUCCAAAUGGUCAGCAUUUAUGCAUGGUCCUUGAAUUUCUUGGUGAUAGCUUACUUCGAUUAAUCAGGUUUAACCGUUACAAGGGACUUCAAUUGAAUAAAGUUAAGGAGAUUUGCAAAUGCAUUUUGAUUGGCCUUGAUUAUUUGCAUAGAGAACUCAGUAUAAUCCACACUGACCUAAAGCCUGAAAAUAUUCUUCUCAUUUCUACCAUUGAUCCUACUAAGGAUCCAUUUAGAUCUGGUCUUACCCCAGUUCUGGAAAGACCUGAAGGGGGAACCCUAAAUGGUGGAUCUGCCAUGAAUAUCAUUGAGAAGAAGUUGAAAAGGAGGGCAAAGAGGGCAAUUGCGAACAUAUCUGGGAGAAGAGGUUCGCUAGGAGGAGAAGUUCCAAAGCUUGAGAGAUCUCUAGAUGGGGUUGAUGUCAAGUGCAAGGUUGUGGAUUUUGGAAACGCAUGUUGGGCUGAUACACAAUUUGCAGAGGAAAUUCAAACAAGGCAGUACAGAGCUCCUGAAGUCAUACUUCAAGCUGGACAUUCCUUCUCUGUGGACAUGUGGUCUUUUGCUUGUACGGCCUUUGAGCUGGCUACUGGUGACAUGAUGUUUGCCCCAAAGGGUGCACAAGGCUUUAGUGAGGAUGAGGAUCACCUUGCUCUCAUGAUGGAACUCCUUGGGAAGAUGCCUCGGAAGAUUGCCAUUGGAGGAGCUCGAUCCAAGGAUUACUUUGACAGGCACGGGGACCUGAAGAGAAUUCGAAGGCUGAAGUAUUGGCCACUGGAUCGAUUGCUGGUGGAUAAAUACAAGUUCUCCGAGACUGAUGCCCGUGAAUUUGCUGAGUUUUUGUGUCCUCUUCUUGAUUUUGCACCAGAGAAGCGACCAACAGCUCAGCAGUGUCUUCAACAUCCAUGGCUUAACCUCAGGACUUCAACUCAUGAUGAGAUGGAGAAUCAGCCUAAUGUGAAGAACUUAAAUGUUGGGAUUAGCAGCCUCCAGAUUAAGGUGGGCAAGUGAAGAAGGAAUCAAGAUGUCGGCACAGCCACAUUGUUUUCAAGUCCCCCCCUCCACCAUUACAAGUAUUGAUUGCAACUUAUCUUUGGUUUCUUACAUUUUUAAUGAGGUCUAUUUUUUGAUUAAUGAUUAACUAAAUGUAAAGUAGUAAUCAUCUCCACGAGGAAGUGACAUGGACUAGGUAAAACUUUAACUGAGAUAACCAAAAAUGAUGACCAAAUUGGCAAUUGCCGAUGGUGGCACAUACAGGAUUUGUUCUGCAAUUGUUUUAGUUGAUGCUCUGGAGUACUACAUUUCUGAUGUAAAGUUAUUCUUUCGAAACGUUUUCGGAGCUGGUUGUUUUGUGAAUUCAUAUAGAAAAUUAAGUUUUUAUAAUUGG